AUGACCCAAACCGAGACCCCAUCUCCGCCGCUCAUCACGUGGUCCCUCACGGGAAAGCGGGGCAGGAGGAGCCCCCAACCUCGACGCACCCACCACGAACCGGAGUCCCAAGAGCGCGACAUCGCCCGCUUCCUCCUCGCUCUCUCCUCCCCAUCCCCCUCCUCCAGUCACGGCGGAGGCGAGGAGGCGGUGGUGGACGGCGAGGGUUCGGGAUCGGAUGGGAGCGGCAGGAGGAAAAGGAGGAGGAGGAGGGUGACGACGAGGGUGCGGGUGCACGAGUGCUCGCUGUGUCCGAAGAGGUUCCGGACGGGGCAGGCGCUGGGAGGACACAUGAAGAGCCAUUGGGAGCGGGACCUCCAGGGGAGGGUGGUCAAGAAGAAGACGAGGAAGCUCAGCUCCUUGCUUGCAUUAGGCUUAGGGUUAGGGUUUGGUCUGGAGCUCGAUGUGCCCUCUCCUUCCCCUCCUAAUCCCAAGUCCCCGGGGUUCUCUUUAGAAGGAAGGGAAAGAGACGAGGAAUACGGCGGCGAAUCUUUAGCGGAAGAGGACUCCUCGUCGUCGUCUCCACCGGCUCCUCUGCUGCUUCCGUGCUAA